ACCCCCCCCCCUCCUUGAAGUGGUCAAACGCUCAGCAGUACGGACAACUCAGCUGAAGUGUUUUAAGGUCUUUUUCAGGAUGAACGUACUGCUUCUCAAAGAUCCAAGAGAUGGGGAGUCUGGACCUGAUCCUUACAUUGAGGAGCUGGCCUCGCACGGACACAAAGCAACCCUAAUUCCUGUACUGUCUUUUAAGUUCGUCUCAUUAAACACCUUGUCAGAUAAGGUUUUCCAACCAGAAAAACAUGGAGGUCUUGUAUUCACCAGCCCGAGAGCAGUGGAGGCUGUGAAGAUGUGCUUAGAAGCAGAAGAAAGAAGGGAAGAAUGGAACAGCUCUGUGAAAGACAAGUGGAACACCAAAUCCAUCUAUGUAGUUGGGAAGGCGACUGCUACACUAGUGCGAAGUUUGGGUCUGAACCCUUUGGGCGAGGACACAGGGACAGCACAGCUCCUAUCGAGUGUUAUCAUUGACCGAGAGGACACAAAUAUUCUACCACUUUUUUUCCCCUGUGGCUCAAUCAAAAGAGAAGUCUUGCCUAAGGCUUUAAGGGACAAUGGAGUGCCCCUAGAGACUCUGACUGUCUAUCAAACAGCUGAACAUCCAGAUCUGGAGAAAAAUCUAAAGAACUAUUUCACAGAGCAGGGCACUCCAGCCAGCAUAGCUUUCUUCAGUCCAUCAGGAGUGAAGUUUUGUCUGGAAGUGGUACGGAGGCUGUCAGGUGAACAGCUGACUCAGAUAAAGUUUGCAGCUAUAGGGCCAACCACACAAGACGCUAUGACAGCAGAAGGCCUCUGUGUCAGCUGUGCUGCAGAAAAGCCAACAGCUGAACACCUGGCAGCAGCAAUAGCCAAAGCUCUACAAUAAUCACCCACAACCUCUGAAAUCCAUCCACUUUAGCUUCCCUCUUUGUAUAUUCUGUAUUAUUUAAAUGUGUUGUCAUUUGUCUGUCUUAUUUUACUGCCUAUUUUGCCAGUUUUGUAUGUACAUCAGCUAAUUUGCACUUAGAAAAAGCAGCGCUGUGAAUGCCUCAGAAAUGUAUUGAAUAUAAUUAUAAUUUUAUUUAUGUUAAUUAUAUCUAUGCUUGGUCAGUGAAGUCAAUGAAGUAGGUUUUUGAAUGAUCAAUGAAAAAGAUUGUGUUUGAUCAAUGAAGUUGAAUGCGUUUGAAAAUAAAUUUU